CGCCCCCCGCAGACCCGCCCUGCCGGUGAUCACCUGACGGAGCCCUCGGUCUGACAGUUUCCGCCAUCGCUGAUCGCUCGGUGUGAAUCCCGUGUCCGCCUGACAUCAUGUCGUCUGCUGAACUCGCUGCCGGAGGUGAUGCCUCCUCAAGUAACCGGCGUCUACAACAGACACAGGCGCAAGUCGAUGAGGUGGUUGAUAUCAUGAGAGUGAAUGUGGAUAAGGUCCUGGAGAGAGAUCAGAAGCUGUCUGAGCUGGAUGACCGAGCAGACGCCCUCCAAGCCGGUGCCUCUCAGUUUGAGACCAGCGCAGCUAAGCUGAAGCGGAAAUACUGGUGGAAGAACUGCAAGAUGUGGGCAAUACUCAUAGCUGUUAUUGUGAUAAUAAUCAUCAUCAUCAUUGUGGCAAGUGUUUCGUGAAUGCUUGACGACUCGCAAAUCCCGACUGAAAGCGCGCCUAGUCCACAGUCCACAGUUCUCUAUAUCAAAUCUGCUGUAUUAAAGGGUAUAUAUUC